AAAAAUUGGCCUCGAACAGCUCACUCUUCUGCUGUUCUGAACAUUUUAGUGAGAAGGACCGACAGGAAAAGCCUUACCGGCAAAAGACGUGAUCUUGUAAAGAAUGCUGUUCCUUCCAUUUUCCCAUGGUCGGUUGGCAAUGACGAAGCCUCUGAAAGGUCCGAAAGAGACAAAAGUCGGAAAUGCCAAAGGAUUAAACUUUCAGCGAUCCCCUCCAAGAGUAUCGAAAAUAAACAUCACUCAUACGAUACACCUGACAUCUCUGCCAAGGAGACUCAAGAGGAAGAUUCAGGUGAAAAACCAUUCGAAGAAGAGAGAGACUUGGUUGCCGAGAAUUAUGAUCUUAAACAAAAGCUGUUCCUUUGAAAAUUUGGUUUGGAGCGGUUUGGAUCGAAUGAUGAUGACAUAUUUUUCUACACGGGAUUUCAGAGUCACCGAGCUUUGAAGGCAUUUUGGAACUUUAUUAAACCUUGCUCUGAGUCUCUGAUGUCGUGGAACACAGCACGCGAAAGAGUGAAAGAAAGCUCCACAAACAAUGUUAAUCCAUUUUUUGCAAGGACAGGAGAAACAAAGAAAUAGAAAGAGAGAAAUAGAGCCCAUCGAUCAGCUGUGGUUGUUUCUAACAAGGGUGCGUCUUGGCUUAUUUGACUUGGCUCAUAGAUUUAGUGUCUCUGUAAGUACCGUGUCUGAUGUUUUUAUUACUUGGGCAAACUACCUUUACAUAAUGUUGGGAAGUUUGCCUUUAUGGCCUUCAAGAGACAAAAUAAAACAAAACUUGCCAGAUUCUUUUUAA